ACCACAACCAAGCUCGAAGCGAUGCCGCGUCUGUCCUCAUGCAGCAGGAAGCCGCUCAUACCGCCGCACUCCAAGCAUGCCAUGUUGAUCCGACGGAAACAACGGAACCAAAUACGGUGGACCAGACUAAGUCAGCUCUUGCCAGCAUGAUGCACCAAGUCAUCCUCACUUGUAAUUGGCAACAAGUGGAGCUGGCUCAGCAGGCACGUACCAUUACUGAGUACGAGGAGACUCUCAAGAGCCUCCACGCCCGCCUUGACAUGUUGGAGAAGGAUGACGUGCCGCACAUGCACACGACAUCGUCAAGCAUGGAUCCAUCGAUCCGCGAGCUGGAAGGACGGCUGGAUCACCUAGUCGCGAUGAUCGGCAACUUGAACAGUCUUCGACACCCGACGACCAUACACCAGCAAAUAGCCGCCCUACAAGCGGAACUGCGUCAACUGCAGCAGCAACCAACUGGGACCUGCAACAACGUGACGCCGAAACAAUUCAGGAUGCCGAAGUUCAGCAUUGACAAAUUUGAUGACUACCACAAGGUGGACCCCAUCAGUUGGUGGCAAGGGUUCACCAAUGAGCUCUCCAUCCACUUGGUACCGCCCGAGUCGAAGAUCUUAGCGCUUUACCUCUGCAGCACCGGUGCCAGCCAAGUGUGGCUCAACCACCUGGCUCAAACCGAGGGCGUCGAAGUCUCUAAGCUUCACACCGAGAUCACUCGGGAGGCCAUGACUAAGAAGUGGCGGAAACGCAUCAUCGUCGACGACGCUAAGGGCAAAGGCGUGAACCAGAUCUUCAGCGUGCAUCAAGGCAGCCAACCAACACGCGAACGGCUAACUGAGUGGCAGAAAAUCGUGACAAUUCCGAAUUUGGACAUCCCAUUCGUACAUCUUCGUCGAGAAUUCUUCCAGCGGUCAGUUGAUGCAGUGAGCACGACCCUUGGGGAGCGCAGCCUAUACAGAAACUUCGACCAGAUCGUGGAGAAGGCGCGCGAAGUCAUCCAAACCAAUUGGUGGGCAGCCAACGAGCGGCGAAGCCGACCGACUUUUGUGGAAAAGGGCAAAGGCCCGUGGCCGCAGCAAGUCGCUGCUGUCCAAGGUAAUGGACAAGAGAACUACCAGGCGAUGACUCACGAGUCUAGUGAAGGAGACGGAGUCAACGCCCUUCCGCCACGACGCAACAACAACAACAAGAAGAAGGCGGCGAAAUUUGCGUCAACAACGGAAGUCGGACAACCGAAUGAGCCAUGGAAGAAGUUCAGCCUCACGGAGGAGCAAUACAAACUUCGCCAGAGGCAAAGAAGAUGUCCGUCCACGGCAAAGCUCAGGAAACUGAGCUUCACGGGAAGCGAGGCGACUCCACUUCCUACUCCGCCGGACACGGUUGCCUUGAUAGCAACCUCCUCCACGUCCGGGGAACAUGCGUAUGUCGCCAGUCUUCGCGAAGAUUAUGAAGACUAUGCUGUCCAACUGGUCCCGCCGUUGGACCAACCUCUCCACGUGCAAGACUCAUUUGCGUGUGCGACUUCAUCACCAUCGCCAAGUGAACCAGCAUCCUCGCCAACAUCACUUGGGGACUCGUUGGUGUGGUCUAGACUUGAGGAACUCGACCCAUUGACACCGGAUGACUUCCAAUGGUUGCCUCUUCCCCCAUCUGGUUCCUUGCCGAAGCCGCAUUGCAACGCCCUAAUGGUGGAACUAUGCAACUACUUGCACGCUGCAGUACCAGCUCCUUUGAUGGCAGGUGGAGUAGCGGUUGUUGACCUUCGCGAGUACAUUGUGAAGAUUGACCGCGAGUACGCCACGCAACGCGAGGACCACCUGGUGAACUUCUACCGCCGCACCGUUCACGUUCGUGACCAGAACGGGGUACUUGUGCCAUGUACGGUCCCCCCACCUCAUCCUUCGAUUGGUUGUCACGUGGUCUUCACGACAAGCAUUCGCAACUCCAUCGUACGGAACGACGUGGAGGAAAUGGGCAUUUGCUUCUUGCACGCCCUCCCUCCUCCCGACGAGCCAGCGGCGGAACAGCCACCGGAUCCACGCAUUGUACAACUUCUUGACUCCUAUGGCGACGUCUUUGAAGCCCCCGCCGGAAUCGUACCAAAUCGGCCAAUUCGUCACGAGAUCAUCCUCGAAGACGGGGCCGUACCUCCGCGCGGAUGUAUUUACCGCAUGAGCGAGGAGGAACUUGAAGUGCUUCGAACGCAACUCGAUGACCUCGUUGACAAGGGCUGGAUUCGCCCUAGCUGCUCGCCCUAUGGUGCAGUUGUUCUCUUCGUUCGGAAGAAGAACAAGGAGGUACGCUUAUGCAUUGACUAUCGCAAGCUUAAUGCUCAAACCAUUAAGAAUGCCGGCCCGCUCCCACGCAUCGACGAUCUUCUCGAACGCUUGGGCGACGCCAAGUAUUUCUCCAAGUUGGACCUCAAGGCCGGUUCCCACCAGCUCGAGAUCCAUCCAAGAGAUCGAUAUAAAACCGCGUUCAAGACACGGUAUGGGCACUUCAAGUGGGUCGUAAUGCCAUUCGGCCUCACGAAUGCCUCGACCACCUUCCAAGCGGCAAUGACAACGGAGUUUCGCGACAUGUUGGACCGGUUCGUCCUCAUCUACCUUGAUGACAUCUUGGUGUAUAGCCGAACUUUGGACGAACACAUCGUGCAUCUACGUGCUGUUUUGGAUAGGCUUCGUACGGCCAAGUACAAGGCCAACCGAGCCAAGUGCGAAUUUGCACAGCAAGAGCUCGAGUACUUGGGCCACUUUGUGACGCCGCAAGGCAUCCGUCCGACAAGAUCAAGGUCAUUCAGGAUUGGCCGGAACCGACCAACACCACGGAGGUUCACUCUUUUAUGGGAUUGGCCGGUUUCAGAACAACACGACGGAGUAGAUUGGCACCCGGUUGAGUACUUCAGCCAAAAGGUGCCUCCCAUCAACUCGGUUGAUGAUGCGCGGAAGGAGUUGCUCGCGCUCGUCACGGUACUCGAACGUUGGCGACACUUCCUCCUCCGGCGUCGUAGGUUCACUUGGGUGACGGAUAAUAACCCAUUGACCUACUACAAGACACAAGACACGGUGAGCAGCACGAUUGCUCGGUGGAUGUACUUCAUCGAUCAGUUCGACUUCACACCAAAACACAUUCCGAGCCUUUCUAACCGAGCUGCGGAUGCUCUCUCGCGAAGAUCAGAUCUUUGUGCAGUGACUCACCACGCGUUCAGUUUUGACGAAGCCCUUCAUCAGCAUUUUGUGCGAGCAUACAAGUCCGAUCCGGAAUACGCCACGCUCUACGAGCAACUAUCCUCGGAUCACCCGCCGGCCAGCCACUAUCGCAUUGUCGAUGGCUACCUGCUGCUUCACUCACGAGGCAAGGACUUACUAUGCGUCCCACACAACCGCGCUUACGGACUUGUCUCCUCGACGAGUACCACGACUCGAGACUCGCCGGCCACCUCGGAGUCAACCGUACGAUCGCAAGACUUCGGCAGCGAUUCCGGUGGCCCGACCUCAUUACUGACGUCACUCGGUAUUGCGACUCUUGUGAAGUUUUCCGACGAAGCAACCCCCUCAAUCGCAACCCUUAUGUCAGAUAUGUCCUUCAGGUCUUUGUAUGCUAGGGCGGACCAGCAGCAGGGUGCAGGGACGGUUUGUGGCGUCUGUCGCAGUAGGAAGAGAAACUCCCCAAGGCUCUUGAAGCCCUGGACUCCUCGCAAAACCACCGCAUCUUUGUCAUGUGGCGGCCUUGAUAGGUCCUCCUCUCCCCAUCUGUCCCCAGCCUCGUCGAAACCUUUGCUGUGCCAUAGGUUUAGCAGUCUUUACCCGCCGACGGAGAGAUUAUCAAGGGUCGCUGUGAAGCACAGGGUGUGGCCUAGGCCUGUGAGGGUAGCAUGCACGUUGACCGCACCAGUAAAGGUCAACGACGAGUCUCAGGAGCAUGAUGAGGAGGAUAGGCCAAGAGAGAUUUUCUUGAAGGAUUACAAGCCCCCCCCUUACAGUUUUGACAAAGUUCACCUUAGUUUUGAGCUAGGAGAGGAAUUCACAACGGUGCGAUCACAGAUCCGAGUCGUACCACAAUAUGCAGCCUCCAAUGCAGUCCAUGCUGCUGGGGAAGAGGAUGGGGCCUCCCCACCGCCGCUUGUCUUGGAUGGACGUGACCUGAAGUUACUGCAAGUUGUGGUUGAUGGAACGAAGUUGAACAGCGAUGAGUACCGAGUGACAAAGAAAAAGCUUAUUCUCAGUUCUGUGCCGUCUGCUCCUUUUGAUAUGGAGAUUGUCACGCAGAUUGAACCUCAGAACAAUGCGUCGUUAGAGGGAUUGUACAAGUCCAGCGGUAACUUCUGCACGCAAUGUGAAGCCGAGGGGUUCCGGAAAAUCACGUAUUACCUCGAUCGGCCCGAUGUCAUGGCAGUUUUCACGACACGCAUUGUGGCGGAUAAGCGGGAAUUCCCCGUUCUUCUGUCAAAUGGGAACCUGGUGGCCAAGGGAGAUCUUGAUGGGGGGAGGCACUUUUGUGUGUGGGAGGAUCCUUUCAAGAAGCCAUGCUACCUCUUUGCCCUUGUGGCUGGAAAGUUAGCAUACACGGAGGACACGUUCGUGACACACUCUGGACGGACUGUUACCCUUCGAAUAUAUGUGCAAGAGCACAACAAGUCCAUGACAGGGCACGCAAUGGAGUCUCUGAAAGCGGCAAUGAAAUGGGAUGAGGAUGUUUAUGGUCUGGAGUAUGAUCUGGACUUGUUCAACAUUGUCGCGGUUGAUGACUUCAACAUGGGAGCUAUGGAGAACAAAAGUCUGAAUAUCUUCAAUUCGCGCUUGAUUCUUGCAACACCGGAAACAGCGACAGAUGCCGAUUACACGGCUAUUGAAGGAGUUGUGGCCCACGAAUACUUCCACAACUGGACCGGCAACCGCAUUACGUGCCGCGACUGGUUCCAACUUAGCUUAAAGGAGGGUUUGACAGUUUACCGAGACCAGGAGUUCUCGUCCGAUAUGAAUUGUCGAGCAGUGGCGAGGAUCGGCGAUGUUGCGUUGCUGCGGAUGGCCCAGUUCCCCGAGGAUGCUUCACCUAUGGCUCACCCUGUUCGACCAUCCAGCUACAUCAAGAUGGACAACUUCUACACGGUCACUGUUUAUGAGAAGGGUGCGGAAGUUGUGCGAAUGUAUGAUACACUGUUUGGGAAAGAGGGCUUUCGAAAAGGAAUGGAUUUGGCUCACCCUGUUCGACCAUCCAGCUACAUCAAGAUGGACAACUUCUACACGGUCACUGUUUAUGAGAAGGGUGCGGAAGUUGUGCGAAUGUAUGAUACACUGUUUGGGAAAGAGGGCUUUCGAAAAGGAAUGGAUUUGUAUUUCAAAAGGCAUGAUGGGCAGGCUGUGACAUGCGACGACUUCCUUGCAGCCAUGAGGGAUGCAAAUGGAGCCAACAUGGGGAAUUUUUCGCACUGGUAUUCCCAGGCAGGAACUCCGGAGCUGAUGGUGACCUCUAUCUACGACGAGCGCGCGAAGACCGUGACCCUCAAGUGCAAGCAGCAUAUUCCUCCCACACCCGGUCAGCCAAUGAAGGAACCAAUGAUGAUCCCUCUUGCUGUGGGGCUUGUAGGGAAAGAUGGGAAAGACAUUCCCCUGCGGUCACUCUAUGACGGCUCAGCGUUGAUCGACCUUGCCGGUGAUGACAGCAACGGUGUUGCUACGACUGUGCUGAGACUCGAGAAGGCCGAGCAGGAUUUUACUUUCUUGGAUAUUCUGGAGAGACCUGUGCCAUCACUUCUGCGGAACUUCAGUGCUCCGGUGCGUCUGUCUCAUGACCUUACUGAUGACGAUCUUGUGUUCCUGCUCGCACAUGACUCCAACGAGUUUAACCGGUGGGAGGCAGCUCAAACGCUUGCGAAGAAGAUGAUGCUUGGACUUGUGGAGAGGCAACAGAAGGGUGAGACACUCUCUGUGAAUGAUGGGUUUGUGAAUGCCAUCGGCAGCGUCUUGUCCAAUGGUUCGCUUGAUAAGGCACUAGUAGCCCGAACGAUCUCCAUGCCCACCCAGGCUGAGCUGGGGGAAAUGAUGGAUGUGACAGACCCUGAUGCGAUUCACGCUGUGCAUACGUUUGUGGUGCGGGAGCUCGCCGCACGGCUGAAGGAUCGUUUCCUGGAGGUAUUUAGGAGCAAUCACAGUGAUGGCCCAUAUACACCUGAUCAUCCAAAUAAAGCAAGGCGGAGCUUAAAGAACACCGCGCUGGGUUACCUGGCGGCACUUAACGAAUCAGACACAGUGGCUUUGGCAGUUGAGGCGUUUGGUUCUGCCAAGAACAUGACGGACCAGUUUGCUGCGAUGGCUGCUGUGGCAAAAAAUCCAGGUGCAGAACGGGAAUCAGUUCUUGCGCAGUUUUAUGAGCAGUGGGAGAAAGAUCCUCUGGUGAUUAACAAAUGGCUGUCUUUGCAGGCCAGCUCUGACAUCCCUGGUAAUGUCGGGAAGGUGAGAGAGUUGUUGGACCACCCGUCGUUCGACAUCAAGAACCCGAACAAGGUGCGUGCACUGGUGGGAGCAUUCUGUUCAUGCCCUGUGAACUUCCACGCUGCAGAUGGGAGUGGGUACGAAUUCCUGGCAGACAUGGUGAUCAGGCUGGAUGAGUUCAACCCACAGGUGGCAGCAAGGAUGGCUGGGUUGUUCGCUCGUUACAGGAAGUUUGACGAAUCCCGCCAAGCAAUGGCCAGGGCGCAACUUGAACGGAUAGCGAAUCGCGAAGGGCUGUCCGAAAACGUGUUUGAGAUAGCAUCUAAAUGCCUGGCUGUUUGACACCCAGCUUACGCCCUGCUUAUGCUGGCCUUUCAGAAGAUCAAAAUAGAUAGUCUGGUAGACAGGAGCCUAGCAGCUAGCUGAGGUUGUUCCUUCUGUGGACUUCCUAUGGAGGGAAUCUUGUUGUUGUCUACCCGUUGAGCAGCUUUCUUGGGUUUCUGUGUGUGUCGAGGAGCGGCGUGUGAUUUGUUCCCUGUCAUUUUUUUUCCUUUUUUUCUUCUAUACUGUAUAAUAACGGAAUACCGUGUCUUGCAUGACUGCGCUGUGAACCUGGGGGCCCUGUGUUGGGAAAUU